CCCUCGAGGAGCACUUUCAAACCCCUAUUUCAUCAAAACAGCAGUUCCUCAGGAGAACGCUCAUGUGCUUACAUGGUGACCAGACGUUCUGGGGAACUCUCAGCAACUUGUGCACGAGGAAAGUAGCACGAUGAUAGGCCAGGUGCCUCAGAGGCUUCUGCUGUGGUUCAUUGGAUUGUUGGGAAUCGCGAUACUGACGUUAAUCGUGGUGUGCGUGGCUUUGCAGAUCCAAGUGCCAUGGGACGUGAAGACCCUCCGAAGCUCCACCAUGAAAUAUUACAGGUCAUAUUCUGUCAAGAGUGACAACAGUUCUUUGGAAAAUCAACAUUCUGCUGAGAAUGAACUAGACACUGCUGAAGAACUGGAGCGACAAUCAGCCCAGCAAUCAGAUGAGGAUUCAUCAGUGUUACAAAACAGCGCAAGCAAGUCUGAUCAAGAAAAUUUAAACACAAAAAAGCCAAUGCCAAAAAAUGAGACAAAACCCACUGACCCAGACUUUUUUGGUGACCGGUAUGCCACGGAUGACGUUCCAUCACAAACAAACUGUCCCAACAGCAUUAGGAAGCGUGUGCCUCAGACUCAGUUUGCUGAGAUGUUUCUACACAGUAUUCCAGUGCUUCAAUGGGCAAAGCAUUUCACCCCAGACCAGUACCAACGCUUGAGUCAGUACGGUGGAGCACAUGGCUGGGGAAGCGUUGAUAUUGAAGUUUUGAAGAGCUCACUGGGAAUUUUAAAUACAACCGCGAACCGGUUGAUGUUUGAUGACUGGGAGAAGAGAAAGAACAGACCCCAGUGUAUCCGCUGUGCUGUGGUGGGAAACGGCGGAAUACUGAAUGAUUCAAGAAAAGGCAAGGAGAUCGAUGAACAUGACUAUGUCUUCAGGGUGAAUGGUGCGGCUCUUAAGGGGUUUGAGAAAGAUGUGGGAUCCCGGACAUCAUUCUACACGUUCUCAACCAACACCAUGCGAAACUCCAUGCGUAGCUAUGCUGGCGUAGGCUACAGAGGUCCACCCAUAUCAAAGGAGACCAGGUAUAUAUUCCUGCCAGAUCAUGACCGAGAUUACAUUCUUAUGAGGGCGGCUUCGACACACACAGCAAUUGAUAAAGGCCCUGAGCGCAGCAAAAAACCCCCUACAUACUUUGGUGAAGAUGUGACAGUAGAAAAAUUCAAAAUCUACCACCCAGACUUUAUCCGUUACCUCAGAAACAGGUUCCUGCAUUCGAAACUUCUGAAAACAGGUGCGAGAAGAAUUUACAGGCCGUCCACUGGAGCAGUAAUGCUCCUGGCUGCAAUUCAUACAUGUGACCAGGUUGAUGCUUACGGGUUCAUGACCCCUGACUACACCUUGUAUUCAGACCACUACUAUGACAAACAGAGACAUCCAGUGCGUUUUUAUGCCAACCAUGACAUGCGCAUGGAAAUGAAGUUGUGGCAAGAGCUGCAUCAGGCUGGUCUGAUGAAUAUUUUCAUGCGUCAGUGAGUACAAAUGGAUGGAUGCC